AACCGCUGCCACAGUCCAGUGCCGCCCCCCCCGCGGUGCAGGCUUUCCGUGGCGGAGCGGUGCUGCGCCCCUGCGGCGGGCGGGCGAACCGGCCGCGUCGUAGUCGCCGAGGGGGCCGGUCGCGCGGGCGCCUGCCAGUCGCAGCGGCGCGGCCGCGGCGAUCGCGUGGCCUUGGGGAGUGCGGAGGGCGGCGAGAGCGAGAGCGCGAGCGCGGUCCGGUCACGUGUGCGACGUCGCGCGCUGCCAGGCCUCCUCCCGGAUUACGCUCAGAGACAGGUUAACCAUAUUUUUUAUUAUUGAAAAAAUGGUAAGGAGGGUAUUCUUCACUGAAAGUCCAUCCUCCUCUUGAAACACUUCGUGACUUCGCCCCUGCGUGGACUUGCACCAAGCAGCGAGGGCUGAGAGGCGAUGGGACUGAAUGACAGCAUUGUAGGGGCAGCCCACUCGGAGCUGUCAAAAAAGACGCCUGGAGUGAGUAAAAUUAAUAUUUGAUAGACGCAUCUCAGGCGCUUUGGCGUUUCCACGGCAACCGAACAAAGCUCAAUUAGGAACCUGCCGCGUUGCGCAGUGAUUGAUUGCAUCUUUCAACUGUCAAUAAUGGUCUUUAAUCGAAACAGACAACAAUCACCUUGUAACUCGGCAUUGACGUGGGAAUUAAAGAAAUUGAAUUUAUGAAGGGUGCCUUUGUUCUCGAAUCACUGAUCCAGAUCACGGGCCGACGAUGGCCUCUGGUGUAUUCGCCGUUACUUUUAGUGCCACUAAUUUCUCGUCCAUCGUGCCAUCGCCAUAUAUAGCGGCGGAUUCAGCCAAUGAUUUUGUGUGGGGGUAUAAACAUAUUUGUUAUU